GGCAGCUGGCAGCCGCACUGAAACCGCAAGCCAGCUAUUAGAACUUUCCCCUAGUGGUUAAAUACUUGAUCACACAGCCUACUCUUUCCAAACACUCUGCCCACUUCACUCAAUCGGUGUGCGCAGUGGUGUUGCAUUUUCGCCUCAGCUAAGUGAGCUGUGCCAAGCAUCAACAAGGGGAUACGAUGAAGCUUCUUCCUGUCACCGUAGCUCUCCUGGCCCUCUUCCUCGUUGCCUCGUACCAGGAUCUCACCGUGGCUGCAGAUGGUGCCGCGGCUGUUCCUGACAGCGUGUGCGACGGCAAGUGCAAGAAGCGGUGCUCGCAGAAGGUGGCCGGGCGGUGCAUGGGCCUGUGCAAGAUGUGCUGCGGCAGGUGCGCCGGCUGCGUGCCGUCGGGGCCGUUCGCCAGCAAGGACGAGUGCCCCUGCUACAGGGACAUGAAAUCCCCCAAGAGCGGCCGCCCAAAGUGCCCUUAG